AUGGCUUCAAUACCUCAACAACAGCAAGCCUCGUCCGACCCAAUGGGGUCCAAUGCUGAAGAUUUGUAUUUGGAAUCUUAUGCUUUUACCACUGCUGCUGCUAUUGUAGGUUCAGUUGAUAGAAAAGUUUAUGUUUUGUUGAGAGAUGGAAGAAAUUUAUUUGGUAUUUUAAGAACUUUUGACCAAUUUGCCAAUUUGGUUCUACAAGAUACUAUAGAGAGAAUUUAUCUUAAUGACUCUCAAGUUGAAUCAAAAGAGCCAAAUAGAUUUGGUGAAGCUUAUAGAGGAGUUUUCUUGGUGAGAGGUGAAAACGUUGUUAUGCUUGGUGAGUUGGAUAUCGAUCAAGAAGAUGAUCAUUUGGAAUCUUUGCAACAAAUUCCGUUUGAAGAAGCUGAAACUGAAUUGAAAUCUAUUCAUAAAGCUAAAUUAAAAGAAGAAAAAAUAAAAACUAAAAAACUUUUAUCUAAAGGUCUUAUUAAUGAUUUUGUUAAAUCAGAUUUAUAUUAA